AUAUUAUCUAUCUCGAGAUUUUAUAUCUAAUAGUAGUGAUACGCCAGUGAUAGAGAGUAGUGUAGUGAAAAAUGGAUAUGAAAAUUGAAAAAUUGGAGAAAAUAAAGCUGAAACCAUCAGCGUUCUUGAUUCAGGUUAUUGCUACGAUUUGUAUAUGUUUCCUGGCUUGUCAAACCGGCUUCGUCUGCGCAUGGCCGUCUUUCACCAUAGAGAAUUUCAAAUCGAACGACACCGUCCUCUCUACUCCGAUGACAACCUUCGAGGUCUCCCUUCUUGGCAGCCUGGGUAACAUCGGAGCGUUCGCAGCUACACCGUUCUGUGGAUACGCUUUCAACAAUUUUGGCAGGAAGUAUGCUACUAUAUUGUUUGGAUUGCCUUAUGUGUUAAAUUGGGCGAUCAUAUAUCUUACAAGAAGUGUGCUAUGGAUUCUUCUAGCAGUAACCAUAUCAGGGAUAGGCGUGGCUGGGCAGAACGCAUCCCUGAUUUUCAUCUCUGAAAUAUCCCAUGACUCCAUCAGGGGAGGCAUGACGGCGCUUAGUGCAUCAGGGUAUUUCCUCGGCCUGAUGGUGGGCUACGCCCUAGGUGGUUACCUGACCUACUACCAGGUUAUAUACGCGAACAUGACCAUGGCAGUGAUAGCUAUGGUGCUGUUGAUGGUGUUACCAGAGUCUCCUGUUUUCCUGGUACUCGUGGGGAAGAUUGAGGCUGCAACCAAAUCAAUAUCUUUCUACAAUCGGUUGGAUCCAUCGUCUAAAGAAGUUGAGACUGAGAUAAAAAGAAUUCAGAUACAGUUGGAUCCUAGACUGGAGAAGGUUCUAGAAGCGGAACUGGAUCCAGAAGCCCUAAGCCGGCUGUUAGCAGACAAAGAAGAAGAUAAAGUGAAACCACACACUGAAUCAGCUUGGAAGAUACUAAAACAAUCAAAGUCUUCCAAGCGGGCAUUAGCCGUAGUCCUAGUCAUGAUGGCAUCAUCAGUUCUCAUGGGGAGUCCUGUGAUGCAAGUGUACGCCGAGCCGCUCUUCAAGGAGGCUGUACCGUCGAUGUCAUCGAACCAGUGUUCCAUAUUUCUGGCUCUGGACUUCUUGGUGUCCAGUUUUGUUUGCGUGAUGGUCAUCGAUAAGUUUGGGCGUAAGAAUCUCAUGAUAGCAACCUCAGUGGGAUCUGGCGUCUGCAAUCUGCUGCUCGGAACACAACUUCACUUCCACUGGGCCGGCUACUGGUUCACAGCCUUCCUCAUCUACGCCUUCAACUGCGUCUUCACCCUGGGCUGCGGUGUCAUACCUUUUGUCCUAAAUGCUGAAGUAUUUUUGCCCGAGGUUCGAAGCCUGUGCAGCAGCAUAAUCAUGUCUUCUUUAUGGGUCAUCCUCUUCUUCUUGCUGUUCAUAUUCAACCACCUGGUGGAACUCAUCGGCUUGGGGCCAGUCUUCUACUGCUUUUCAUCAAUCUGCUUCUUCUCGGCUAUCUUCUCUUAUGUAGCGUUGCCCGAGACGAAGGGACUGUCAGCCGAUGCCAUACAAGCGUUGUUUUUGAAGAAGAAAAUAUAAAAACUGUUAUUACAUUUUAUUUAUUGUUGUAAAUAUGGUUAGGGAGAAUAUUGAGGAAAGUAGAUGUAUAGCCUUAAUGUAACUUGGGUUAAGACAUUUUCUACAAGGUUUCGAAAUCGUAUGAAAGUCGCUGCAUGUAAAAAUCUGAUCUUUCCAUCAUGUGACGGAUUAAUAGGUAGGGAAUUACUAAGAAAAUUCCAAGUCGCGAAGGAUGUUCAAAAUAAAUAAUCAGUAACACCGACUGUAGGCUUCUUAUUCUUCAUAUACGCCAUAGCAACCUCCGACACAACAUUGUCUGUCGCGCGGUUCCCCAGGCAUCACACCUAGCCUGGCGGAAGAUCUUCCCUUUGGUGGCGGUCGAGCCGAAACAUCGCUCCCACUACACCGACAUUAAAAAUUCCUGUUCGCUUUUAUCUAUUAUAGGUGUGGAUAAUUGUAGUUUCUACAGUUUAUACGAAAACCGUUCUAGAUAUAGUAUUAAAAAAGUUUAUCCUGUUUUCAGUUUGCAUUUUUGCAUCUUUUACAUCUUAAAACGUCAAAACUUUACCAAGUUUAACAAGAACUUAAUCUGAUCCAUACUAUUUCAUUUUAGGUUAUAUUCUUUAUGCAUUGCUAUGUUUUUAGAGCUGUUUGUAUUCAAUACAUUAAUGGAACUCAUCGGUUUGGGUCCAGUAUUCUAUUGUUAUUAGUUAUACGAUUAUUUGUAACUUUAUUCUCAUAAAGUUCAUUAUCAAAAACCAGAGGACUGUCAGCAGACGCAAUACGAGCUUUGUUUUUGAAGAUAAAAUAGUGAGAGUUAAA